CUAUUAUCUAUGGUCAAACACAAACAAUACUAUUUCUGACAACCUGACAAGAAAAGUGACAAUCUGUGACGGUUUAAAUUGGUAAAUUCAUUUAGUAUAACAUAAAAAAUAAAAUGAAAUCUUGCAGUAAUACGAAAGUUACAUUUUUGUGAAAGUCGGUUUGCAUUUAAAUAAUGCGAGUUAAUGUUACUGUGAUUUUCAUGGGUAAAUAUUGUUAACACGUCACAAGUGAUGGUCCCAUCAUUUUUAUUGCUGGGACCUUUAGUGUGAUACACGAAUGAGUUAUUUUACAAUGCAAUCAAAUAUAAAAACCAAGGAAAUGUUUAUUUUACGUGCUUUAGAGAAAAUUUUAAACGACAAAGAAAUAAAAAGAUCAUAUCACUCACAGCUGAAGAGAGCAUGUGAAACUGCUUUAGAAGAUAUAAAAAAAGAAAUUCAAAGACAUGAGGGGGCAGAAAGUAAAAUUUCUGAUGCACUUCCUGUCCCAAAAAACAGCAGUGAUAAUUUUAUUGAUACGGAAAAAUAUUUUCUUCCCUUUGAGUUGGCAUGUCAAAGUAAAUCUUCACGUAUAGUUGUCACUGCUCUUGAUUGUCUUCAAAAGCUUAUUGCUUAUGGACAUCUUACGGCAGUGGUGCCUGAUUCCACAACUCCAGGAAAGCUGUUAAUUGAUAGAAUAGUUGAAACUAUAUGUUCCUGUUUUUCUGGUCCACAAACAGAUGAAGGCGUUCAGCUCCAAAUUAUCAAAGCGCUUCUGACUGUAGUUACAAGUCAACAUGUAGAAGUGCAUGAAGGUACGGUGCUUUUAGCAGUCCGAACAUGCUAUAAUAUUUUUCUGGCCAGCAAAAACUUAAUUAAUCAAACAACUGCUCGAGCAACCUUAACGCAAAUGUUAAACGUUAUUUUCAUGAGAAUGGAGAAUCAAGCGUAUGAAACUGAAGUGCAAAUGGAGAGUUACAUGAAUCACAUUAACCAAAAAGAUUCUGCUAACUUAGAAAAGAACAUUAAAAAUAGUACCGACGUUAUUAAGCAAAAUGGCGAUGCUACAGAAAUUAAUUCUGAACAAAGCGUUGGUAGCUUAUCAAAAGGAACUGAAGAAACUGUAUCUGAUAAUUGCAGUCCAUCCAGCUUGAGUGUAGCUGCUGAUAUUAUUGAAAAUAUUAUCGAUAAUGUAUUAUCACUUACAGAAGAGAAAAAAGAGCCUAGUUUGACUUCUUCUCCAAUAGAAUCAGAAAUUCCAGCUGUAACUAGGAUGCCAUCCCAAGAAAGCGUUAGCGUGGAUACCCAAAGUGAAAAUGACACUGUUGUGACGGCAAAAUUUACUCACAUUUUGCAGAAGGACGCCUUCCUAGUAUUUCGCGCGUUAUGCAAGCUUUCUAUGAAGCCUCUGCCUGAAGGCACUCCUGAUCCCAAAUCGCACGAACUUCGCUCAAAAAUCCUUUCGUUGCAUUUGCUACUAUCAAUUUUGCAGAAUGCAGGUCCGGUUUUUAGAUCAAACGAAAUGUUCAUUACAGCAAUAAAGCAGUAUCUUUGCGUGGCCUUAUCGAAAAACGGCGUAAGCAACAUUCCCGAAGUGUUUGAACUGUCGUUGGCAAUAUUUCUUGCCUUAUUAUCAAAUUUCAAAAUGCAUUUGAAAAUGCAAAUUGAAGUCUUUUUCAAAGAAAUAUUUCUCAACAUUUUAGAAACGACUACAUCCUCGUUUGAACACAAAUGGAUGGUUAUACAGGCUUUGACUCGAAUAUGCGCGGAUGCUCAGAGUGUCGUUGAUAUUUACGUUAAUUACGAUUGUGACUUGUCUGCAGCUAAUUUAUUUGAAAGACUUGUAAAUGAUUUAUCAAAAAUUGCACAAGGCAGACAUGCAUUAGAACUAGGCGCAUCGCCUAAUCAGGAGAAGUCAAUGAGAAUAAGAGGGUUGGAAUGUUUGGUAUCUAUUCUUAAGUGCAUGGUUGAAUGGAGUAAAGAUUUGUACGUGAAUCCGAAUUUACAGUCCACAGUUGGAGAACAAACAUCUCAGCAAGAGAGUGAUUAUAUGUCUCUCAAGUCUCAUGGUGGCUCCAGUACAAGUUUACAUUCAAGCAGCAGUUCAGGCGGUAACAGAGAAGUAUUGGAUUCUCCGGAGCAAUUAGAAGUUCUCAAACAACAGAAAGAGGUUUGGGAAACAGGAAUCGAUAUGUUUAAUCGUAAACCUAAAAGAGGGAUACUAUUUCUACAAGAACAAAGUUUAUUAGGUAGCAAUUAUGUAGAUGUUGCUAAGUUUUUGCACAGUGAUGAGCGCCUAGAUAAAACUUUUAUUGGCGACUUUUUGGGAGAAAAUGACGACUUUUGUAAGGAAGUCAUGUAUGCUUAUAUAGAUCUGAUGGACUUCUCCAAUGUAGAUAUUGUCGCUGCUUUGAGGCAGUUUUUAGAAGGUUUUAGAUUACCUGGAGAAGCGCAAAAGAUAGAUAGAUUAAUGGAAAAGUUUGCUAGUCGUUACUGUGAAUGCAAUCCUAACAAUGGCCUAUUUGCCAGUGCCGAUACAGCCUACGUUCUAGGUUUUUCAAUUAUCAUGUUAACAACCGAUCUUCAUUCGCCCCAAGUUAAGAAUAAAAUGACAAAAGAGCAGUAUAUCAAACUUAAUAGAGGUAACACUGACAGCAAGGACGUCCCAGAAGAAUAUUUAUCGCAGAUAUACGAUGAAAUAGCAGGGCAUGAAAUUAAAAUGAAGUCCGUCCCGAACAAACCCGGAAAACAGCAAAUCAAUAGCGAGAAAAGGCGAAAAAUAUUGUGGAACAUGGAAAUGGAAGUAAUCUCCACAGCUGCCAAAAACCUAAUGGAAUCAGUGUCCCAUGUUCAAGCACCUUUUACAACAGCAAAACAUCUCGAACACGUCAGACCUAUGUUCAAAAUGGCCUGGACACCAUUUUUGGCCGCAUUCAGUGUAGGUUUACAAGACUGCGAUGAUCCUGAAGUGGCUGCACUUUGUUUAGAUGGAAUUCGAUGUGCCAUAAGAAUCGCAUGCAUUUUCCACAUGACUCUGGAACGAGAUGCUUAUGUUCAAGCGCUUGCUCGAUUCACUCUACUCACAGCUAACUCUCCAAUAAUGGAUAUGAAAGCUAAAAAUAUUGACACUAUAAAAACAUUAAUAACAGUUGCACACACUGAUGGUAACUAUUUGGGCAGCAGCUGGUUAGAUAUAUUGAAGUGUAUUUCACAAUUGGAAUUAGCGCAAUUAAUUGGGACUGGAGUUCGUCCACAAUUUUUAUCAGGUCCUGGUUAUAAACCUUCAGAUCCAACAUCAAAAGAGCACAUUGGUCAAACGAGCUCGCAAAGUGUUGUAGUGGCGGUUGAUAGAAUAUUUACCGGUUCCACUCGGUUGGAUGGUGAUGCCAUAGUAGAUUUCGUUAAAGCUUUAUGCCAAGUAUCUAUGGAUGAACUUGCCUAUCCAGGUCAUCCCAGAAUGUUUUCUUUACAAAAAAUUGUUGAAAUUUCGUACUACAAUAUGGGUCGAAUUCGUUUACAAUGGUCACGAAUAUGGCAAGUUCUAGGCGAGCAUUUCAACGCUGUUGGUUGUAACCAAAAUGAAGAAAUAUGCUUUUUUGCCGUAGACAGUUUGAGACAGCUUUCCAUGAAAUUUAUUGAAAAAGGCGAGUUUGCUAAUUUUAGAUUCCAGAAAGACUUUUUACGACCAUUUGAACACAUUAUGAAAAAGAAUCCUUUAGCAACCAUAAGAGAUAUGGUUGUACGAUGUAUAGCUCAGAUGGUAAAUUCACAAGCGGCAAAUAUAAAGUCGGGUUGGAAAAAUAUAUUUUCGGUAUUUCAUUUGGCUGCCAGCGAUCAAGAAGAAGCAAUAGUUGAAUUAGCUUUCCAAACUACUGGGAAAAUAGUCGUCGAGUUAUACGACAGACAAUUCCCUUCAAUGAUUGAUUCAUUUCAAGAUGCCGUCAAGUGUUUAUCUGAGUUUGCUUGUAAUUCACGUUUUCCCGAUCUCAGUAUGGAAGCAAUUCGACUGGUACGUCAUUGUGCUCACUGCAUCCACAUGUCACCGCAGCUAUUUACGGAUCAUGCAGGAAUGGAAAUUGACGUGGCGGUAACAGAUGAAGAUCGUGUUUGGGUCCGAGGAUGGUUUCCACUUUUAUUCUCUCUCUCGUGCGUUGUAAAUAGAUGUAAAUUAGAUGUGAGAACCCGUGCAUUAACAGUACUCUUUGAAAUAGUCAAAACAUAUGGCGAUACAUUCCUAUCUCACUGGUGGAAAGAUCUUUUCAAGGUGCUAUUUCGUAUAUUUGAUAACAUGAAAUUACCCGAACAGCAUUCAGAAAAAGCUGAAUGGAUGACUACUACAUGCAACCACGCUCUAUAUGCCAUAGUGGAUGUUUUCACUCAAUAUUUUGAAAUGUUGGGGCCGUUGCUCUUAGAAGAGCUAUUUUCCCAGUUGCAUUGGUGUGUACAACAAGACAACGAACAGCUUGCCAGAUCUGGUACCAACUGUCUUGAGAACUUGGUAAAUUCGAAUGGUCAUAAAUUCGACGAAUCUACUUGGGAUAAGACUUGUCAGUGCGUCCUGGAUAUUUUCAAUUCUACCAUUCCUUCGAUUUUAUUGACUUGGAAACCAGAAAUGUUACAAACAACGGCAAUUAUAGAAAAUGGUGGCGUUGGUGUACGCCAAGGAAUACUGAAAAGAACAGCAUCCCAAGAAAUCAAUCCAGAUACUGUUGCUCUUUUCAGUAGAUUACUUAUAAAAAGUGCUGUACAGUUGGAGUUGAUUCAAACGAUUGAUAAUAUCGUUUUUUAUCCUGCAACGUCCCGCAAAGAAGAUGCUGAAACUUUAGCCCUAGCAGCUGCAGAUAUGACCGGUAACGUAAACCUCACCGAAUUUCAACGAGAAGAACAAGGCAUGUACAGAGUCCUGAGUACAAAACAUCUCUUACAAUUGACCGAUUGCCUGUUGCAAUCACAUCGAUUUGCAAAGGUUUUCAAUUUGGAUCACGAACAACGUAAUCUGCUUUGGAAAGCUGGUUUUAAAGGUUCAGUUAAACCAAAUCUUCUUAAACAAGAGACACAAAGCUUGGCCUGUUUAUUACGAAUUCUUUUCAAGAUGUACUCUGAUGAAAGUAGGAGGGAACAUUGGUCCCAGAUACAGUCACGGCUGAUUGCAGUGUGUCAAGAGGCACUGGAGUACUUUUUACAGCUUCAAAGUGAAGCUCAUCGUGAUGCAUGGACGUCUCUUUUACUUUUAGUUUUGACAAGACUGCUUAAGAUGCCAGAUGAUAGGUUUGCAGCUCAUAUUUCUUCCUAUUACCCACUUAUGUGUGAAAUAGUCUGUUUUGACUUAAAAGCAGAACUACGAUCAAUAUUAAGGAGAGUCUUUCUACGUAUUGGUCCAGUAUUUCACAUAACCCGUACAUGAAAUUUAGUGAAAAAGUUCAAUUUAAACAAUUGUUCUUACUAAUAAAUUAGUUAUUUAUUUACAUAUUACUGUUAUCCGCAUUCUAAAAUAUAAAAUAAAUCGUACGUAUUUAUGAAAAUGUAAAGUUUUAGAAAAAGUUUACAGAUACAAAGAAAUGUAACAUUCACAUUAUAAUGAAUUUAGUCAUUGUUUCGAUGAUGUGUUAAAGUUUUUCUAUUCUGUUGUAUAAAUCACUUCGACACAACUGUCUGAUGUAUAUAUAUUGUCUUGCAAAAUAAGUAUAAUAAUAAAGUUAUUUUAUAAAUGAAA